CACUCACUCACUCACUCACUCAAUUGCGAUGGAGCUGAGGCCGUUGGGAAACACUGGCCUCAAUCUCAGCUGCGUUGGCUUCGGAGCUUCCCCUCUCGGCAAUGUGUUCGGCGAUGUUCCCGAGGAAGUUGCUAUUGCUUCCGUUCGUCUCGCUUUUCAAUCCGGCAUCAAUUUCUUCGACACUUCUCCGUAUUAUGGAGGCACAGUGUCGGAAAAAGUGCUGGGCAAGGCAUUGAAAGCUCUUGGUGCUCCGAGAAAUGAAUAUAUUGUAUCUACCAAGUGCGGACGAUAUAAGGAAGGAUUUGAUUUCAGUGCAGAAAGAGUUACUAGGAGCAUUGAAGAGAGCUUGCAAAGAUUGCAGCUUGACUAUGUUGACAUAUUGCAAUGCCAUGAUAUUGAAUUUGGGUCUUUGGAUCAGAUUGUGAAUGAAACAAUUCCCGCCCUUCAAAAGCUAAAGGAAGCAGGAAAAACUCGUUUCAUUGGCAUUACGGGACUUCCUUUGAGCAUUUUUACUUAUGUGCUUGAUAGAGUCCCCCCUGGUUCUGUGGAUGUAAUACUGUCAUAUUGUCAUUACUGUAUCAAUGAUUCAACCUUGGAGGAUUUGAUACCCUACCUGAAGAGCAAAGGUGUUGGUAUUAUCAAUGCCUCUCCGCUAUCAAUGGGGCUCCUCACCGAGAGUGGUCCUCCACAAUGGCACCCAGCUUCACCUGAACUCAAGUCUGCAUGUCAAGCUGCUGCUGCCUGUUGUAAAAAGAAGGGAAAGAACAUUUCAAAGUUAGCGAUGCAAUAUAGCUUGUUAAAUAAAGACAUCACAACAGUGCUUGUUGGCAUCAAGUCUGUGGAACAGGUGGAACAAAAUGUUGCUGCCGCAACAGAACUUGCAAUCUCUGGGAUUGAUCAAGAAGCUCUGUCAGAGGUUGAAACCAUUCUAAACCAUGUUAAAAAUCAGACAUGGCCUAGUGGGAUCCAGAAGAACUGAUGUUUUCUCUGACUGACUGGCAUUGCCAUGCAGAAUCCUGCAGUAUGCACAUUCUCGUUGUUGGGAAUGGUCCCUUACCGCUUUUCAGUAAGAGAAAUAUCUCAGGUAAAGGUCCACCAUCUAAAUUAUUUGUCAUUUAUCGUCUAAGUUUCCAAAGCUCUUGAUGUCAAUUAUCAAUUACUGGAGAAUUAUUCCCCACAGGAACCAGUAUAUGUGUGUGCCUUCUCGUAGCUUGUAAUUUUUACUUGCAAGAUUAUUUUUACCUUUCUAGGUUUUA